AUGGAGAUCCCAAACCCACAACACUGGCACAAGAGCGACAACAAGAAUGAAAUUGUUAAUGAGCAGGAAAUGGGGAGAGAAACCAAGUUCUCGAUUUCAAAACAGGAUAUUUUGAUACUUUUGUCAAUGGCUAGCCUGAGCUUAAUGGCCGCGCUGGAUGGAACGUCUAUCUCGGUUGCUUUGCCGACAAUAUCUCAUGAGCUGGGAGGAACCGCAAUCGAAGCAUUCUGGACCGGAACCUCAUUUACACUGUGCUCUGCCGUUUUUCAGCCAGUUUUUUCCUCAUUAUCAAACUUGUUCGGUCGGAAACCAUUGGUGCUUGCCGCGAUAGCAUGGUUUACAAUUGGAACAAUUGUGGCCGGGGUCGCCAAUAAUUUCACCCACAUGCUCAUCGGUCGGUCUCUGCAGGGAAUUGGAGGCGGUGGUGUCAUCACCCUCACUGCUAUCAUCAUUGCCGAUAUCGUUCCUCUUAGUGAAAGAGCGAAGUACUUUGGGAUGCUUAGUGCGAUCUGGAGUUUGGGAACAGUGGUAGGGCCCGUGAUUGGCGGUUGCUUUGCAGAGAAAAUCUCAUGGCGCUGGAUCUUCUAUAUUAAUUUCCCCUUCAUUGGAAUCGGGGCAAUCUUGGUUUCUUGGUCGUCCCAUUUCUGGGUUGGAAAGGAGACUUUUGCUACCCAAAUGCGAAAGAUUGACUUCGUUGGAAUCGCCAUUUUUAUUCCAAGCUCUGCUUCAUUCUUAAUACCACUGACUUGGGGAGGUGUGCUAUACCCCUGGUACUCAUGGCACACAUUGGCCCCGUUGAUUAUCGGGUCAGUUGGGCUCUGCAUAUUCGCGAUCUAUGAAUGGCGAGUUGCGCGACACCCAAUGAUCCCACCAGCAAUAUUUCAUGACCGAACGGCCCUCAUAUCAUUCGCGGGAUAUGCUGUCGUGGGUCUACUUAUCUGGUGUUGUCUAUACUUUCUUCCUCUCUACUACGAAGCCGUGAAAGGAUUCAAACCUAUAAUGUCCGGAAUCGCUCUUUUCCCCGAGACAUUCACCGUCGCUCCGAGCGGAGUUAUUGUUGGCCUUCUCAUCAGUCGAACGGGUCAGUACUACUGGGCUGUCUGCACCGGGUGGUGUCUUUCGACUAUUGGAAUGGGCCUGCUAUGUCUGUUGGAAGUAAAUACUGGGACCAUCACUUGGGUCUUCUUGAAUCUCGUGCCUGGCAUUGGUAUCGGAAUGGUUCUUCCUUCCGUCGCACUAGCAGUGCAGGCAUCAGCAACUGCUGAGAACCUAGCGAUUGCAGUAGCCGCAUCUACUUCCUUCCGAGGCUUUGGUCAGUCUAUAGGAGUGGCGAUUGGGGGUGUCAUCUUCCAAAAUCAGAUGAAGAACAAUCUAUGGCACUCUCCUGCCCUACAAUCGGUGGCAGAUAAAUACAGCGGUGAUGCAGCUAGCAUGGUGGAAAUUAUCAGAGGAAUGCAUGGUCAGGUUAAGAUGGAUCUUCAACAGGCCUACGCUGAUAGUUUAAGAAUCGUGUGGGCAUUUUGCUGUGGAAUUUCUGGGUUGAUGUUUAUCGUCAGCUUGUUCACGCAGUCUUAUGAUUUGAAUCGGACUCUCAUUACGAAGUAG